AUGCGCCUGUUCGUCUGGCUGCUGCUGUCUGCGCUGAUCGGCUGGAGGAAUGGGAGAUCUGCGGCUGCGGAGCUCACUCCGACCGGACACCCCCUGCAUAUCAAUGACGGAAACUUUUCAAAGCGGGAUCACAUGAACCGGGACCCUUUUCAGCAGCAACAACAGGCGCUCCAUCCUUUCUCAGGUUCUGUCUUUGACCUUAAGGUCCAGGUCAGCGACGUCCUGAGUCGGGAGCAGCUGAGCCAGGCGGUGGUGGAGGUCUAUAUCAACUACAGCAGGACCCACACAGCUCUUACUGGGGAGGACGGAGGCGUUUUGCUUCAUCUGCCGUACCAAACUGGGACACCUAUCACAAUUGUGGCCAACAAGGACGGCUACAUUUGCACACUGCUGCCUUAUAAAACCAACAGAAUGCCAAUAUUUUCAUCCGUGACCGUGUCACUGCUUGCUCUGAAUCAGGGCAACAUCUGGCUCUUUGAGGAUUCUGUCCUGAUCACCGGCAAAACAUCUGAUGCUUCAUCGCAGCCCAUUGUCCAGUUUCCCAAGAGCCUGCUGAACCUGACAGACGGCAGUAAUGUCACCUCUGUUCGAGCCUACCUGACCAUUCCCAAACUGCUGUCAGAGGAGGGUGGCUUUCUGAACACUUUGGGCAUCAUGAGCUGGAAAUCAGGAUACGUCGGUGUGGAGUUGAGUCCGGUGGCGGCUGUCAGCGUGCAGCUUUUCUCAGGUGCCACCGAGUUACAUGUGAGUGGGCCCGUGCAGAUCAGCCUCAGCGUUCCCGACACCCGUGGACUCCAGACUUCGGAUGUUGUCCCAGCUUGGUUCUUUAACCGGACCACCGGCGGGUGGAUGAGGAAAGGACUCGGGGUGGUGGCGUCAGUCGAAGGAAAACUCGUGUGGACAUUCACAGCUCCUCACCUUGGUUACUGGAUUGCAGCACCUCUGUCAUCCACUAGAGGAUUCUUUGGACUUGCCAUCAUCAUUGACUUCAUCUUACGCCAUUCAUCUUUCCUGAUGGUUAUCCUUGGAGGAAUGCUUUUUAUUGCCAUCUGUCUUCUGGUCGGGUUAUUGUUUUACCGCAGACGUUCGCCCAGUAAAAGAGAGAAGACGCUCCCCCUGAUGAGAAAAGACCAAACCACCUCCACAUGUGACGAUGAGGUCUUUGAAGGGGAUUCUACUCAUCCACAGGAUGGACUCAACCAGUCAUUGACAGAAAGGGGGGAUAACCGGCACAAUGCCUCUGUUAUUUCUGUGCACAACAGCGAUGUAAUAGCGAACCCCAACGCUGUGGCCAUCACAGUGGGCUGUGCCGAACUGGAGCUCAACACUGACCUGAGUGAUCUGACUUGUUUGCAUGAAGCAGGAGAGCAGAUCAGAGCUCCAGUGUCUCUGUCAGAGAAUUUAUUUUUCUACAACCAGCCUGUCGCCAUUCUUCACGCUCCCGCGUUCUUCCACGUGGAGGAGCAGCCAGAGCUGCCCGGGUGGAGCAAGUCGGCCACUCUGCCCCGCACAGGUGGGGCUGCAAACGGCGCCCCUGCCGAGCCGCUGAGCAAAGACGGCUUCACUCAGACGCUGCCUAAAGGUCCCUCUGCCACCCAGAACCAGGCAGAAGAAACCGAGGACCAGCUGGGAGUUCUAGGGGACUCUCAGGCAGCAACCCCCAACAACAAGUCCAGGGGUAACUUCAGCCUCCCAGAGUCAGUUUCAGUCCCAGGAACAUUAAACAAAAUCUCCGGCAGCAGACACUCCGUGCAUGCCUUGGCAGAACUUUCUAAGAUCCCCUCACUUCAGCCUCCUCGGGCCUGGUUUGUGUCGCUGGAGGGUAAACCUGCGGCUGAGAUCCAUUACGCCGUGUCGGAGCAGCAGAGGAGACGAAGGCCAGUGGAGAGUCGAGAAACCAGCUUAGACUCAGGUGUGGAUAUGAGCGAACUGAACCAGACAUCUGGAAGGAGGGCUGUCACUCUGGAGCGCAAUGCUACGUUUGUCAAAAGCACGUCCAGUGGUAAACAUGCCCCUCCGCAGUAAAAACUCUGAACGGCAGCCAAGUUUGUGAAGCAACAGCAUCAGUGCUAUCUAUGAAAAGUAAC